GGGCUCUAGGGGGCGGGGCGUGCGCGGCUUCCCCAAGCCGGGGUCCGGUGAGGAGCGGGUCCCCAGGGUUCCCGGCUGCUUCCGCAGUGCGGUGCACCGCCCCUUCUCACGCGUGGGAUGCUGCUUCUGGCUGUGGGCGGCCCGUGGUCGGCGGGACUGCGGCUCGGCGGGAAGAGGGCGGUGCCGUGGGCGGCCACCGCGCUCCGGGGCCCCAGGGCGGCUGUCGCGCGGGCGGCCUUCUGCAGCGGCUCCUCCGGGCCUGGCGGCGGCGGGAUCGCGGGACUUCGCGGAGCCACGCGGCUUCUCCCGCGUCCCGUGCGAACGCAGAUACCUGUUUGUUGGGAAAGAUGUGUUCGAUGCUUACGUACACAAGUUGAAAAGUCAGAAGAUGGAAGGCUGAUUUAUACUGGGAAUCUGGCCCGGACAGUAUUUGGUGUGAAAUGUUUCUCUUAUUCAACAAGUUUGAUCAGCCUUGCAUUUCUGCCAUACAUUUUUGCACAAAAUAAUAUCAUAUUUGGAAGUCUGCCUUUACAAAUCUUAUUUUAUGGCGUCAUAGGGAGCUUUACGUUGAUCACUCCAGCACUGCUUCACUUUAUUACAAAAGGCUAUGUCAUUCGGUUGUACCACGAGGCCACAACAGACACUUAUAAAGCUAUUACUUACAAUGUUGUGCUUUCAGAGACGAGUACAGUGUUUCACCAGAACGAUGUGAAGAUUCCAAACAGUACACAUGUGUUCACCACAUUUUAUGCUAAAACAAAGUCAUUGUUAGUUAAUCCAGGUCUCUUUCCAAACCCUGAAGACUAUGACCAUCUAAUGGGUUAUGACAAACCAUUCACUUUUGAGAUGGAAGAAACCAGUGAAGAGAAACAGAUUAAAGAUGAGAAAUGAGUCUUUUGUUUUUACGUUUGUGCUUAUAUGUGAUUUAUGUUCCAAUGUAUAAUAAUAAUAUUGCCUUUAUUUUUGUUUUCUGUUAGUGACUGAUUGUUAAAAAUAAUGUGGACUGUAGCAAACAGAACUUGGAAUUAAUUUUUAGAGAAUUGUGUUCCUAUUCAGAGAAUUAUGUUCCAAUAUAAUAAAAGAAGCUAUGUUUGAAAAACAAAA